AUGUCGCCGUCGCAUCGAACUGACCUGGAAGACGCCGACGAAAAGCGUGAGCGGUGUUAUCGGUGGCAAGUUUCUGGCCCGAGACGCCACGCACGGUACUCGAGAGAUGCGCCUUGCAAUGGCUUAGUCGCCUCGGCACUUCCUUCUCGGCGCUCGCAGCUCCACCGCCUCCACCUCCUCUCCGCCAUCUUCACUUCUGCUCCGACUGUCUCCAUUUCGGGGAAGAGGAAGAUGAUGGACACAGCUGCGGAGACUAAGAGCAACCCUUCGCUGGGGAAAGACAGGGAAAUGGGUGAAGGUGGCGCGUCUGCAGAGGCUCAGCGCGACGGAAGCACGCCAGUCUCGGCGAUGAGGAGGCUUUGGGCAGCCACCACUUAUGAGCCGCUGUUCCUGCUGCAUUCCAUUGCCUUUUACGCCACGAUGACGAUGACCGAGUCGCUUAUAUCUGACAAGAGCUGCCUGGUGACCCUCGGCAAACCGGAAGAAAUCUGCAGAGACCUUUACAAUCAUCCACACGAUGCAAUUGAGGUACAGCAAGUUGCCUCGAAGUACCAAGGUAUUGUCCCACUGGCGGAGAGCUUCGUCUCCGUAUUUCUGCUGCUCUACAUCGGCCCUUUCUCUGACAGGUACGGUCGGAAGCCCUUCUUGUACCUGAGUCUGGCGAUGAGAACACUGAACGUUCUUAUACUGUUCUUCGCUUCGGCGUUCAUUUACUCUCCUAUCGAGCUCACUGUGGCGGCGCCCUUCAUCUACUCCCUCGGGGGCGGGAUCGCCACCUUCCUCAUGCUCGUCUUCGCCUGCAUCUCCGACGUCACCUCGGAGGCCAACCGCACCUACAGGCUGGGAAUCCUGAAGAUCUGCAUGGCCUUCGGGUCGCCCACUGGCAGGGUGGUGGGCGGGCAGAAGUGCUCGGGGGAAUUGUCUCAGGUGUUCGCUGUGGGCGGCUAUCUGGCGGUGUACGGGAUGAGUCUCGCGCUCCUGGUCGUCUGCCUCCUUAUACUCGCCUUUACUGAGGAGUCUGUGAAAUUCGGUGAAAAUGAGGUGAGGCCCAAGUUGAAGAUCUCGCGGCUGGUCGAGGAGCCUGCGAGUCUCUUCGCCGCCGUCCACCGCAGGGAAGGACCUCGAAGGGGCAUCGUCUACGGCGUUCUCUUCGCCCAUAUCUGCAUGUUCUUCGCUCUGAAUCCUCUGUACUUCCUGUUCUUCAAGUUGAUGCUCGACUGGGAUGCAACGGACUAUUCGAACUGGUUCUUCUACAAGGACAUGACCAAAGCCAUUGCGCUCGUGUUGCUGAUGCCCGUCUUCGUGGGCCGCCUGAGGCUCCCCGACAGCGCCCUCGGGCUGCUUGGCUGCAGCUCCGUCGCCUUCAUGCAGAUCGCCCUCGGACAGAUCGUCAGCCCCUCCAUGGCGUGGGUCGCGCUGCUCGGGCCUCUGCUCGGGAUGCUGGAACUGUUCGCGCACUUGUCUUUACGUUCCAUUAUAUCCAAGUGUUCAGAUGGAAGCAGAGAGCUUGGAAAGCUUUUCGCGGCGCAGGCAGUCCUGGACUCCAUCGCCGUCGGAUUAUCAGGCCCCAUGUACGCAGCGGUGUACAGUUCCACAGUGGACAGCCUCCCCGUGGCACAGUUCCUCCUGGCGGCCCUGUUCAUGCUCCUGUCCGCCGUCGGAAUCUGGGUGUGCGAUAUCUUCGUCUUAAAAAAGGAAGCUGGAGCCAAGAAUAGAGAUAACUAAGAAAUAAAAACUUGGAGAUAAAAUUUAAUGUAAUAAAAACUUGAACAUGUUUGUCAUUUGCGAAUAUGUUGCAGAUGACGUCAUAAUUAUCAUAAUGAUUGUUUAUCACUUUAUUCUAUCAUGUUUCUUCAAUAAUA